AUGAGAUUGAGAAAUAUUUAACGAUUAUAAAAAGGGAACAUGGAAAUAUAUUUAUAAGAAUAAAAUCAUGUAUUAUUAAAUUUAAUUGUAAGUGGUGGUGGAUCAUUCAACUAUUCAGGUUAGAGAAAUGGUAAGUUGAUUGAGUUGAGCGAAGGAUUUUACAAUUAUUCAUAAGUAACUUAAAAGGAUGAAUAUAAGAAGGGUAAAAAAGUUAGAAAUGGGAUAUUUUUUGGCAAAUGGAUUUUGGAGAUAAGCUCUAUCAAAAAAUGUAAAUAUUAAAGAAAUUAAUUUUAGAGGAGGUGACUCAUAUGAUGAUGAGGUGGAUGGAGAUUCAAUUUAAAUAGGAAUAUGGACUGAGUUGUGCGAUGAUUUUCACUCUUAUUUGUUUGGCUCAAAACAAGUAACCUGUAAUGGUGAAUAUAAAAUGGUAAAAAAAUUGGAAUAUGGAUGGAAAUAGAUAGAAAUAUUUAAGUAAAAGAAAUUUAAUAUGA